CAAACACUGUUGAAAACAAACUGUUUGACCCCUCCGAAAUCUGAAUGAUGAAUAUGUAAAACAGUAAAAGAAGCAGACUUUCUUCAGCUUAACAAUGGCAGCUCAAAUUCAAACAAUGUCGCUCACAAUUUCCGAUUUUCUUCCGACCCCAUCUCCGAAGACAGUAAGUAGUUUCCGUUCGAAAAAUGCCCAUUUGCUUUCCUCUCAGAGAAAAUGCGUAGCCCCUUUUCGCUGCGUCUCUGGACUCGCUUGCCACAGUUUCUCCGUCGAUGAAAUCUCCGGAGUUUUUCACAACAAGGUUUUGGUGGCAGCUGGUUUAUCUGCAGCAAUUGGGCAGUUAUCUAAACCUUUUACUUCGUCUUUAUUGUACGGCAAGAAAUUUGAUUUGAAGGGUGUUGUUCAGGCUGGAGGGUUCCCAUCUACUCAUUCUUCUGUUGCUGUUGCAUGUGCAACUUCUCUUGCCCUUGAGAGGGGAUUUUCAGACCCAGUUUUUGGUCUAGCUGUAGUUUAUGCCGGCCUCAUCAUGUAUGAUGCACAGGGAGUUAGGAGGGAAGUUGGUGUGCAUGCCAAACAAUUAAACAAAGUUCUGCUUCAAGCCACAUCAUACUCGAGAGAUUCAUCUUCUUCUAAUGUAGAAAACAUCGACCCACUUUUCUUAGAGGAGCAAAAGCCGACAGACUCUGCAUUGUUACUCAAAUCUGAAAAGACGAUGCAAACGAGUAAAGUGGAGUUUAGUUGCUCUUCGCCAUUAAAAGAAUCGAUCGGCCACACAGAAGUUGAAGUCAUUGCAGGUGCAUUGUUGGGUUUCUUAGUUAGUUUAGCUGUAUGCCCAUAUGUUUGAUACUUGAAUAAUGUGAAUCGUAGUUACAUUGUUAUACGGCAAUUUUUUGAUGUCUUUGUUCGUAUACGAGUUAAUCAUGAAAUACUACGCAAUUCGAAAGUCCUCGAUUUUUUCUUCACGC